AUGAGGAUCGGGUGUCUCCAGUUUGCGCCAAAAGUGGGCGAUGUGCCAAACAACAUUAUGCGAGCCGAAGCCGUUCUCUCAAGGGCGGACCCGGACGACCGAGAGAACUUGGACCUCCUCGUCCUCCCUGAGAUGGCCUUCAGCGAAUACUACAACUCCCUCGUCGUUGUCGACGACAACGGCGAGAAGCUGGCCGGUUAUAGCAAGUCAUUUUUGUACUACACAGACGCCACAUGGGCCAACGAGGGACGAGGCUUCUACGGGGGGAAGCUGGGCCGCUUGGGACAGACCGCCUUGGGGAUAUGUAUCCCCUACAAAUUCGAAGCACCCUGGGACGCCUACGAAUUCGCCUUCCACGUCCUCCACGUGCGGGCGAACCUGGUCAUCCUCUCCACAGCAUGGCUGACCAACGACGAGCAGAGCGCCUUCCUCUCCUCCCCGGACGCACCCGACUUGAGCACGCUGGCCUACUGGGUCGCGAGGCUGGAGCCGGUCAUCCGGGCCCACAGCUCCGAGGAGACCAUCGUGGUAUUCGCCAACCGCUGCGGGGUCGAGGACGAGGCCACAUACGCCGGCAGCAGCGCCGUGAUCGGGAUCAAAGACGGCGAGGUCUCCGUGUACGGCAUCCUCGGCCGCGGUGUCGAGGAGCUGUUGGUCGUUGACACCGAGAAGCCGCCGUUCGGGAAACUAGUCAACCCCCUCGCGGCGCCAGUGGCCGAGGAACCAGGAGCGCCACCAGCACCACCGUCUCCGGCAAGAGAAGACGACCCGGAAGACGGCCCGCCGAAGGGCCCCGCCGGCACCGGCCCACACGCCCGCCCCAAACUAUCCCUCCAAACCAACCUACCCAUAUCAUCAGCCCCCAUCGCCCUACCCUCACCAGACGACAGCACCCACCCGCUGUCGGCGAUACCAAUCUUUGUCGACGUCUACACACCCGACGAGCCCGACGAGCUUGACGAACCCGAUGAGUCUUCCUGGCGGGACGGGGCGGUCAAGUUCGACUUGGGCGCGCUCUCGCCGUGGAGUGUGGCGAGUUGGCGCUCUUCGGGGUCGGUUUCAAAUUCGGCUGCGUCGUCGCCGUUGGGGUCGCAUUGUGGCGGGGUGAUACGUGUGGCGGCGAGUCCGAGUGUUUUUAGAGGGGGGUUUUUGGGGGGACGGGGGGUUUGUGUUUGA